GCCGUUUUGACACUGAUUAUUUUGGUAUCCCCGAGAACAUACCGUAAAAGCUUGUGUUACGGGGGCUGCCGAGAGUCCUAACAAGGCGUACAGUCAUCUAGACUGUGUUGAGACAGCUGACAGAUACACACGAAUCCUCGACAGCAGCCACUAAACAAGGCUGAUGAUACAAGUAGCUGCUGGCUAAUGUCGACGGUAGCCAGCCAGCGAGCGAGCUUAGCUUAGCUACGUGGACACGGAUAGUUAACUCGUGUCACCUGCAUUUCACCAGACAAACAAGCGAAAUACAGCGAGGAAAACACUUGUCAUCGACAGUUUUACAAGUCAGUAAGGUUGUCUGUGGAGAUUAACACUGCUAAGGUUGUAUGCCCAGUGUUGCUGGUAAGCUUGGUGGCAGACAGUGCCCAUCAAGUUGGCACUGGGACAGGGAGCCCACGAUGAGAGCUCUAUCCCUGGGUAUUUGCUGGCCAGCGUAGGUGCCGAUAUGCCCCGGUGGCCCGCAUCCUGAUGGACCGAGACACCUUCUCCCACAUCCGUCUGUGGUGCCCGCGCCCCUUUGGCACCUACUCCCAGAACAAAGCGAGGAGCCCAGGCUCAGGGGGCAGCGGCGGAGGGGGCGGUGGGGCAGGGUCCCCAUCCCUCUGCAAGGCGGAGCCCUCUCCAGGUGCCAGAAGGACAGUGGAUGGAACCGAAGAUGGAGGGAUGAUCGUGGGGGUGCAGGAACAGAAUGGAGAAGAGGAGGAGGAUGUGGGCUCGGAGAACACUCCACCUGAACCCGAGCUUGUCUCCAGCUCUUUGUCACAGAGCCAGGCCCCUCCAUCCUCCUCAGCCCCUCCAUCACCACCCUCUUCUGGGUCUCAGAUGGAAGAUGGCCGGGUGCUGUUAGACACCUGGUACGUCAUUAAACCAGGAAACACCAAGGAGAAGAUUGCUUUCUUCGUGGCACACCAGUUCAGUGGAGCAGGCCAGCCCAGACCCAGCGCCAUGAAGGUUAAAGGUAACUGGGCAACUGACUGCAGCAAAGCCAAAAGACGGAGACGAUGCUCAUCCUACGAUCCUCCAACUCGAUCCCAAUCGUCAGAGCCGCAGCUUGGCCACGAGUCCUCCCUGGUACCCAAUGCACCCCCAAGCCCCGAUGAGCUGUCACUAGGAGGGGUGAAUGAGACAGACCUGCUGUCCGUGGCAGAAAUGGUUGCCUUGGUUGAGCAAAGGACAGCCAUGGCCCUCCAGGGGAUCGUGGCUGUCCACGGGAACCACCACCAGCCCCCUACUACCACUCAUGACCAGGGCCUCACUCCUCACCAGCACACUCUUCUCCGAGGCACAGUAUCAGACCCCACUCCUAUCGUGUUUGUUUCUGAGAGUUCAAACGGCCAACCCUCCAAAGAGGCCAAAGAGUCAUCAUCUCCCAUCCAGACUGACCAGGAGCUGGAGGAGCAGCAGGAGUCAUGUAGGGUCGCUCAAGCCAUCGCACACUUCGAGUCCCAGAAUCUGGAAAAUCGGCUGCAUCUGGGCGCUAGUCCUGGAAUAGACUUUUCUAAUCAAGACGGCGAAAGGGAGCGUAGGAAAGGAGGGGAGUCUGGCAUUGUAACGCCUCCUCCACCCCCCAGCCACAGUCACGGUGAGGUGAGGAUAGCUUUCAGAGUGUCAAACUUGGACCCACGGUCUCAGCUGGAGCCAGCUGGCAGGUCCCGCUGUAUGUUUAUGAGCUGUGGUGGUGGGGGUAAUCAGGCAGCAGCCAGGUCCAAAGAGAAAAUCACCUGUGACCUCUACCAGCUCGUCAGUCCCUCCUCAAGAGACCCUAGUAGUCUGCUGCUUGCUGCCACAACAGCUGCCCCCAAAUCGGAAGGAGACCACCACCCAGACAGGCAGGCUUGUGGCAGCCCGGACCCAACCCAGGAGCUCUCCUCUGGGGAGAAGAAAGCUGUUGGUGUGGGGAGGGAGCGAGUCACCGGCUUUCAUGUGGAGGUGGUGGUGACGGGUGCUGUGGACCAAUGUGUAUUUUAUGGCAAGGACAGUACAGAGAAUGUGCAAGAGGAGACGGUGUGUUUUGCUAUGCCUAGUGGGGGAGGAGGUGGUGGGGGUGUGGGCAGCUCCACUGACCCUUCAUCAGAUGAUCCUCCUCCUGGACAGCUUUUCUUCCUUCAGCCCCCUCGGGGUGCAGAGGAGGAUGUAAAAGGAACGGGCACUGGCAGUGGGUCAGGAAUGUGCUCUUUGGACUGUGCCAACAACAACGGCCCUGGGGCAGGGGUGGCAGUGGGCUCAGGGGAGCGGACAACUCGACCAGACUCUCCCCUGGCCAACGUUGGGGAGGACUGCUCAGACCCUUCAUUGUGUCGCCUCUACCGCCACGUGUCCCAUGACUUCCUGGAGAUCCGCUUUCAGAUUCAGCGCCUCCUUGAACCACGCCAGUACAUGCUGCUGCUCCCCGACCACAUCAUGGUGAACAUCUUCAGUUACCUGCCCACACGAUCCCUGGCAGCCCUCAAGUGCACCUGCCACUACUUCAAGGUGUUGAUAGAGACUUAUGGGGUGCGGGCAGUGGACUCACGCUGGAAUCAAGACCCUCUCUACAGGGACGACCCCUGCAAGCAGUGUAAGCGGCAAUAUGAGCGCGGGGAUGUUUCCCUGUGCCGUUGGCACCCCAAACCUUACCACCAUGACCUGCCUUAUGGACGUUCCUACUGGAUGUGUUGCCGGCGCACAGACAAAGACACACCAGGCUGCCGUGUUGGGCUCCACGAUAACAAUUGGGUCCAACAGCCUGCUGAUGGCUCUCAGCCCAUCCGCACCAGGAGGGAGGACAGGAGGGAGGAGGCCAGGUAGAGAGGAAAGAGUACACCUCACAUACCAACUCUCAUUUCCUCCUGUGUACUUCCCUAUUCCCUCUCUUCUCAACUCAGUGGUUGAACAUAAUAAAGAGGAGUAUGAGAAGGAAUCAGCACUCCAGGACUGUUUUUUUUUCUUUUUUCCAGCACUCCUUUCUCAUAGUUGCCCUCGUUGGAGGGAGGUUGAGAGGUAAAGAAGGAAGAGAGGUGUGUCACUCUCCUUGCCUUUUUUUUUUUAAGCCCUGCAGAAUCCCUCUCUCCUCCCACUGUGCUCCAGAGUGGCACCUUUUAAAAGUUUGCAUACCAGGGUUGGGGUCCCCUCCUGCUGCUGUCAGUCAGCCUUCUUUCUGCCUCUUACUCAUUCGGGUUUCUGUCCAACUCCGUACAUGGUUGUUAGGUAAUUCAUGUGAAAACUUUGCAGUGUAUUUGAUUGAGAUUAGCAUUCAUGAAGUGACGCAUAGAAAUGUAACGCCCUCGAGCCUGCUUCCCGUUCCCAAAUACUUGUUCUAUGUUCUGUGUUCUAUCACAAACUUCUAUGUUAGCUGUACAAUGGUGCUUCAAGGAAUGAGCUUUACCGAAUCCAACAGAUGUCAAAUUUUUCAGUGGUGGAAUGUUCAGCGUCGCUCUAGAAAUGUGAUUGUAUAAAGCAAACUUGAUUUUCCGUUGUAGAAAGCCAUUUGUACCUGUCCUGCACCAUGCGUUUCUAUUUCUCUGAAUGUGCUGUACCGUUGUACCAUGUUGAUCAGUUCCCUGAUAAUGCUGCUGAAAUCAUUGCCUGUGUCACUGAUGUUAUUUCUGAAAUAGCCAUACAAUUGGUUAAUGACAGGCACAGUCUCACCAUACUGAGACCUGUUCAUGUCAUUGUUUUCAGAGUGGACCCUAACCUUGUUGACCAGCCAUAAAGAGGAGCCACUGAGUACUUUCUGGUUUACAGAGAAUUAUGGGAGAUGAACUCUAAUAAAUUAAGACCAGUGGGAUUGAAUGGGAUUAAAAAGAGAAACUUGAUGUCACUUUGGAAAGGCCUGAUGUCACUUUGUAUGGUUUGAUUGACUUGCUUGUUUGCCAUUUUGUGUUUGUUUUUUUGUUUUGGCUGUUUUAUUGGUGUGUGUGUCAGAGAAUGUUUGCUGUUAUAUUUGCUUUUAUUUUUGAGGACUCUCCCUGUAUCAGUCUACCCCCCCCCCCUCUACUCAACCUGCAAAGAUUGUUUUUUUGUUUUUUUAAACUUCAUCUUUGCUUAAAGCUCCAGCUCUCUUCCUUUCCUCCUCCCUUCCCCCCUCCGUCCUACGAUUCGGCAGAGGGCAGUGUUCGCCAAAGCCGUUCUUCAUGCUUCGAAGCGGGUGAAACCAACUACCACAGACUGCGGAAACUCUUUACACCAGCUUCCAGCCUUAAAAGCCCCCUACCUCUUUCCACCCCUCCUCUACCCCCCCCCCCUGCAGGAGAUUGAGGCGUCAGAUACCUCACAAGUGAUCAAGAGUAUUGGGAGCUGCACAGGACCCUGUAAGUGGCUAGAUUUUAAGACGCUGACUCCAUCCAGCUUUACUGGAUCCACCCAUAACUCUUUGAGUGGGAGUGAUAGAUGAACAGUGCCUGAUGACGGCUCUGACUCUUCAGUCUUGGAAAAACCUCUUUCUCUCCCCUGCUUUUACACCCCCCCUCCCCCCUCUCCCUCUGCAAGCUGACAGACUGGACAUUUAAAAAAGAAAACCCUGAUGUGAUGAAUGAUGCUGAAACUCUGCAUGGAGGUGGGAAGAUGUCGGGUAGUCACGGGAGAACUCUGUAGGUUCCAGACAUGUACAAUGCUAAUGGGAAAUAUCUGCUUAAAUAAAAGAAGUGAUGAUUAAAACUGGA